UGUUUGUGGGAAGAUUUGUUUCUCCAUACCUACUUGUGGAGUGGCAGUCGGAAGGCCAGUUCAUCCGACUUAAGCUUUGCUUUACCUCUAAAAUAGCUAUGAUGGACCCAGUUCUCAUCAUGGCGUGUUUCCCAUGCAGACGUUUGGUGGGGUGCUUGGAGUACUGUUCCCGCGCAAGCAGCAACCGGAAGGGUGAUCUCAUUUAAAGCCGAAGGGCGGCUGUACAAACAGAGGAAACAAUUCUCAGUUCUGCAUGAGUGGAUUGUCCAGGCCGCAGGUUUUCCAUACCACCAGCGCAGACGUGCUCAGAUUCUGGGUUGAGCCCAGAAGUAUUACAGCUGUGUUCACAAGCAGCAUGAUCAGCCGUGAAGAGAUGUCAGUUAGGGUCACUUCUCAUCUUGGAGCUCUGCCACCGCAGCAAAAGUCACUGCUUUCACUGUAUCUUAGUAUGCUUAAAAUUCUAGUGUUUAAAAAAAUGCGCAUACACGUUUACCUGACUUAAAUCCCAGAGCUGAAACUCUCUUUAUUGAGCAAUAUUGAGCAUAUAGCUGAAUAACAUACUUUUCUCAUUCAUCUGGCAACACUGUUUGUUUUCCUUAUUCAGCAUUUUCUUGUCAAGUACUAAAUCUUAAAUUAUUAGUGACCUUUCCACUUGAAAAAUACCUGCCUUUUGCUGGAGCGGAGCGUUUUGUGUUCUUUUUGAAAAUGUGCAUCCUGAGCCUGACUUUUACUCGGUCACUUGUGGACAGUUGCAAGGUGUAAUGUCCCGUGGUUCACAUUAUAGCCUUGUGAAUCAAAGCAAAACCUAACCACUUGGACUCCAGGCUGCAAUUCGACUUUUUUCAGAAGCAGUUUCUUGCUGCUGAUGGAUCAGAUCCCAAAACUGGAGCCCUACUCAGUAGUGAUUUUACAGAACCAGUGAGGGAAAAGUUGCGAAGCUCCAAUAAACAUCGUUCAUGUGAUGGCUAACGUGUAAUGUAAAUUGUUCUCCAGAAGCAUGUGGUGCCGUUCAUCGAGCCGGUGGGGCGUUAUCAGUUACAGGGCAAGGCUCUGUUUGCACGUGUGGAAUGGUUAUCUGAGGAUGGACAGCAGAGCACCAUGAAUUGUAAGGAUCCUAAGCAAAAUAGAGGGGAGGGAGAGUCAGGAGCUUCCAACAUCUGAGCGAGCGAGCGAAUGUGGAGGCUUUUAGAGAAGAUCUGGAAUGCCUUAUUCAAGAACAGAUGAAGAAGGGCAAUAACCCAACUGGACUGCUUGCAUUACAGCAGAUAGCUGAUUACAUUACAGCAAGCUCUUUUGCAGGUUUUUCCUCAUCUUCACUCAGCCAUGGAAUGGUUACUCCUAUCAACGAUCUAGCUGGAAUAGAUACCUCCUCAUUUGUUAAAGGAGAAAAACUUACUCGUUGCAAGUUAGCCAGUUUAUAUAGGUUGGCUGACUUGUUUGGGUGGGCACAUUUGCCAAACUCCUAUAUCACAGUAAGAGUAAGCAAAGAACAUGACCAUAUUCUAAUCAUUCCAAGAGGUCUGUCUUUUUCUGAAGCUUCAGCUUCUAAUUUGGUUAAGGUAAACAUCCUAGGAGAUGUAGUUGACCAGGGAAGUACAACUCUAAGUAUUGACAGUGCAGGAUUCAGUCCACAUGUGGCCAUCUACUCCACACGUCCUGACGUCAGAUGUGUGAUACACAUACAUACCCCUGCAACAGCAGCGGUUUCAUCUAUGAAGUGUGGUAUCCUCCCCAUAUCACAAGAGGCUCUGAUUCUGGGAGAUGUUGCUUAUUACAAUUACCAGGGAUCUCUUGAUGAGCAGGAAGAGAGAAUUCAGCUUCAGAAAGUUCUUGGACCCAGUUGCAAGGUAUUGGUCUUAAGAAACCAUGGUGUGGUAGCACUGGGUGAGACACUGGAAGAAGCAUUCCACUAUAUUUUCAAUGUGCAACUGGCCUGUGAAACACAGGUUCAUGCAUUAGCUGGCGCAGGUGGGGUAGACAAUCUCCUACUACUAGACGUGCAGAAGUUCAAGCCUCUCACGCACGCUUUGGCAGCAGCUGGAGGAGGUGGAGUUAGUAUGGCUUCACAACAAAAAUGGAAAGUUGGGGAGCAAGAGUUUGAAGCACUCAUGAGGAUGCUAGACAACCUGGGAUACAGAACCGGCUAUGCCUAUAGGCAACCAUUAGUCAGAGAAAAACCCAGACAUAAGAGUGAUGUUGAGAUCCCAGCCACUGUGACUGCCUUCUCCUUUGAAGAUGAUACAGUGCCGCUCUCCCCCCUCAAAUUCCUGGCCCAAAGACAACAGAGGGAGAAGACAAGAUGGCUGAACUCUCCAAACACCUACUUGAAAGUGAAUGUGCCGGAGGAGUCUUGGAACGGAGAAGCUAGUCCCAGAACCAAGAUCACGUGGAUGAAAGCUGAUGACUCUUCAAAGACUAGUGGAGGAACGCCGAUCAAAAUCGAAGAUCCAAACCAAUUUGUUCCUUUAAAUACAAACCCAAAUGAAGUGUUGGAAAAGAGAAAUAAGAUUCGGGAACAAAACCGAUACGACUUAAAGACAGCAGGACCUCAGUCUCAGUUGCUUGCUGGGAUUGUUGUGGAUAAAAAACCAAGUCCACCAAUGCAAUUUGAGGAAGAUGAGCAUGCGCCACCAGCACCACCCAACCCAUUUAGCCAUCUCACGGAAAAGGAACUGGAAGAGUACAAAAAAACAAUUGAGCGCAAGCAGCUAGGGCUGGAAGAUGCUGAACAGGAAUUAUUCUCAGAUGACGGUUCAUCUGUGUCACAAAUUCAGUCACAAACUCAGUCCCCGCAAAAUGUCCCAGAAAAAUUAGAAGAAAAUCAUGAAGAUCUAUAUACCCAGAAUGCUGACCUAAUAUCUGCAGAGUUACCUGUUGUGGUGGUAAAUGGCAAAGACGAUGCACACGACGUGGAAGAAGACCUCACCAAGAGGGUCAGUCAGUUAACCACUAGUACUGUGGAGAGUGUAGAGAUUACGAUUAAAACCUCUGAAAAGAUUGAAGAGGCCCUGUCCCCCGAAGGGUCACCUUCCAAAUCCCCAUCAAAGAAGAAGAAGAAAUUCCGUACUCCAUCUUUUCUGAAAAAGAAUAAAAAGAAGGAGAAAGUAGAAGCGUAAGUGCAGUCGUGUUGUGAGGAGACGUUGCGCAUUUUAAAAAUUUGAGUUGACCAUUAACAGAGUAGUGCUGGGAGGUGCAGUAACUGGACUUCUAACCUAAACAAAAAGGAACUGGAAGAGGUUUUGCUUUAAAAACAAAAAAACGUUUUUGUGUUAAUUGAAAAUUAAUUCUUCUCUCACUUAAGUGUGUCCAGAAUUGCUAUGAGGGUCUGAAACAUUCAGUAGUUUCCUGUAGAACAACACUGGCAGGUGCUUGAGCACCAUCAUAGCAAGAUCAAAUACCAUCGUAGUGCACAGCAGCAAGUUCUGCUUGGAGUAUUUUGCAGACCUUAAAAUUUUCAGUACAGUUAGUCUUUAACAAAGUUACUGCUGAGUGAUCGUGUGACUUUUUUUUUUUUCUUUUUUUUUUUUUUUUAACUGCUGUCUCAUUUGGUAACCAGAUCAUACAAUUUUAUAUUGUGAUUUUGACCAUAUGUUUUGUUUCUGUACCCCUGUUUAAGUGGGUGCAUAUUAACAGCACACCUUUAAAUCUUUUUAAGAUUAGAUCGUAUAGAAAUAUUAUACACUGGUACAUAUUAUUAGGGGGAAAACUGUGUAAGAGAAAGUUUAUUGGAAUUAUACAAAAUGUCUAAGAAUUCCAUUCAUCAAUAACUUUUUUGCCAAAUAUUUCAUUUUAGUGAAAUAUAAUUUUUGAAGACUUCUUUUUUAUUCUAUCAGUUGGGGGGAGAAAUACCCUUAUUUUUCGAGAAAGGGGAUUUUAUACACUUAACAUUGAUAAUUUAGUUUAACUGACAAAACAAAAAAAUUUUAUAUGUUCAAAUGUUUGUAUACCAUUCAGUAUAAAAGUAUUAUAAGCAUGUGAACCAAGCAUUUAAUAGUAGAGUGUAUUUACGAAUGCUUGGUUUAGAGUAUACUUAAAUAUAAUUCAGGAAUCCAGGGACUUAGAAAUCAAAAGAUAAAAGCAUAUAAAAUUAAACUGGAUUCAUGUUUAAAACUUACUGGGUUUUUUUUCCUUGUGGUAUUGCUAAUGAAUGAAGAAAAGUAAUCUCUUAACAUAACCAAAUGAAGGAAACAAAACUGAUAAAAGGGAAAGUGAUAUAGUAAGAAAAUAGGAUGAGGCAAAGAAAGUGAAAGUUCGGUGAUUAUUUUUUAUUAAAUAUAUGAUAUGGAAUGUGGGGUAUUUUUAUUAAAUCAGCAAAGUUACAUUUCCAUAUUAGAAGUUUUAAAUAAUUUGUGUGGAUUCAUACAAAGUGCAACACUUUUUUUUCCCCCUUCACUUUUGUUUUAAUUUUAAAAGGGUCUCAUGAAUCUGUGUUGUCCUUUGGAUGAACCCAGGGCAAAUUAGAGCCUAGUGCCAUGGGUGAGGGUGGUACUGCCACUUAUUCAUUUUUACUGAUGUUGUCAUUUUACUACUUCUACUGCAUUGUAAAUAUAAACAAGCAUAGAAAAAAUAAUGUAGGAUUUCUCUUUGCUAUGUCAAAUUUGUCUGUAAAUCAGUCAUCACAAUAGGAAGUACAUUUAAAAGAUCCAUGUGAUUCCUGAAUUGCCGGUUGAAAUAUUAUACAAUAUAUAAAUUGUUAAAUAUGGCUGGAGAGUGGUUUGGCAUGCAAAAAUGUUGAUUAUAGCAUGUUUGGGGGCUGGUUAGCUUUGACCGUGUAAGUGUGAUAAUGCAACGUUGGAAUGGAUCCUGGAAACAAUUUUCUAGCUAUCACUAAAUACUGGAAUCAGUGUUUUUAAUCAUAGUGAAAACUUUCAGUUGCUUACUUUGUUUUCUUUAUGUUCUACAUUAUUUGUGUUGUACUACAACAUAUGUAGAAACAGUAACCUGUGAACAACGCUUUUCAUAACUUUUUUAAAAAUAUAUCUAAAUGAAUGCAAUGUGCAUAAAUAUUUUUUAAAAUGCAACCGUGAACUAUUUGCACCUUUUGCUAAUGCCUCUAUUUACUUGCUUUGGCAUAAAGAAUGAGCCAGCCAACUCUGUGUCCUGUGGAAAAUAUAUAAAUGUUAUCUGAAAUUGCUCAUAGAUGUAAUGCUAAUUAAUGUUAAAUCACAAAUAAACAGUAUUUUAAAUAGA